UUUCAACUUUUUUCAACAGAUUUAGAAUAAUUUUUUAGACAUGUUUUCUGAAAGUUGGUAUGCUGAUCAUGCGUUCUAUGAUUUUGUGAUAGAAUGACUUCUGGCACUGACUGGCAGACGAAAUAUAAUAGUAACGAAUCUUCUCUUACAAACGCAGGUUGGGGGGCUGCUCCAUCAGGCACAGUCAGCUCUCCUGUUUUGCAUCCGGAAAGUUGGCCACAGUUAGGUUCAGAGCAAGAAGUAGUACAAGGACAAGAAAUGCAUCAACAACCGAGUCAGAGCUUUGGGGGUAAUUUACAACAACCCGAUCCUGGAGGUUGGGGUGGUGGGGGUAUUUCAGGCGAUACUAACACCGCAACAACAAGCAAUGGUUGGGGUACUCCUCAACAAAGUACUACUGGGUGGGGGGUCCCCGAUAGUGGGGGAAAUAAUUGGUCCAGACAGCCCCAGGUAGACAACGGAACUGCUGUUUGGGGAAAGCCAAGUAACACUGGAGGCUCAUCAGGUGGUUGGGGAGCUCCAUCUAAUCAAAGUCCUGCUCAAUCAGCUUGGAAUAUCCCACCUCAAACAACUCCAUCUGCUGCGGCGCAAAGUUCAUCACAGCCCGAACAACAGCAUCAGACUGGGCCAUCACAACACCAUAAUUCAAUACCGCAACAGCCCGAAUCUUGGGCAGCUGCCGCUGCUGCACCACCCGCACAAGGACAAGCGAGUCAUCAACCUCCUGUUUCACAACAAAAUGUACCGAAGGAUACAGAAACAGAUCAGGCACAAACACAGUUACAACAGGCACAAAGUCCAUCAGAUUCUCAAGAUGCUCCUCCUAAUGGUGACGUGGAUCCAAAUGACCCUGUACAAAAGCUUGUCAAUUCCCAUGAAGGUUGGGGGAAGAAGCCUAUCCUACAAAACACAUCCUGGGAUAUAUCAGAAUCACCGAACUUUGUCAGGCAGCCUCCAAAUAAGACAGGCACAGAAGCUUGGGGUAAGACUGCUGCGGGUCAGCCUGCCAGUGGGGGAUGGCAAGGUAAUAAUAACGUUGCUACUGGUACCCCUAGCGUACGUGGUUGGGGACCCAAUUCCAAUCCAAUACCACAACAACCCCGACCAUCAUGGGGUGGUGCAACGCAACCAACUCAAGCACAACCGGGAUGGGGUGAGGCUCGUUUACCUCCCCCAAUGCCAACGGCUAAUGUCAAUCGCUGGAACACACCUCCAACAGCUAUGCCAAAUUCAAAUCAAGGUUGGGGCGCUUCUGGUGUGCAACAGGGUAACAAUCCUUCUGGUAAUUGGGGGAAUACUACUCCUACAGAUGGUGGCAGUUGGGGUAAUGCCGCACAAAGAAACUCUCAAUCUAAUUGGGGGAACACUAGACCUGGACCAGAGAGUAGUUGGAACCAAACACAAAACAUGCAACGUCAAUCCAGUCAAGUUGAUGAUGGAACCUCGGCAUGGGGAGAUCCAACCGCAUACAAAAGCGUGAAUAUGUGGGAUAAAAAACAGGGUAUGGGAAUGAACAUGGGGGGUAUGGGUGACGCUAGCAAAACAAAAGCAGAACCUACUGGCUGGGGUGCACAGCCAGGAUCACAAAAUUUGCCAAACAAACCACCUUCACCCACUGGAUGGGGUGAUGGUAACCCACCAGUCAGGCAACCUAAUGUAGACAAUGGGACUUCUAACUGGGGAAAACCACCACCAGUUAAUUCAGGAUCUAACUGGGACCAAAAUAGCAAUUGGGGCAACAAACCAAGCGCCGGUAACACAAGUGGAUGGGGUAACACCCCAGAACAACCCGGACAACAGUGGGGCCAAACAGAUGCAAAUUCUGGUUGGAAUCAAACAUCAAUCAAGAAUGAUAUUGCUGGAGACAAGAACGGAAACUUUGGAUUCGUCGACCGGAAGCCAAGCACUGGGAGCGACAGCGUCUUCGAAGAGGGUCAUAUUGAUGGUGGUACGUUAGGCACGGAUGGGAAUGGCCAUCCUGGAAUGAAUUACUCCCAAUUUCCUUCUGGACAAUCAAAUAAUCUUGGAAUGCCAGGUAUGAACGGUCCACGUCCUGUACCUCCACAACCUCUCAUGAAUCCUAACAUGCAAACACAAUAUAGACAACAAGGUCCUCCAAUGCCGCCACAACUUCAAAAUCAACUUCAACAGAUUCGGCAUGCAGUUAUGAAAGGUGUUAUCCCACAACAAAUGCUAAACCCUCAGCUCAUGACUCCUCAACAUUUGAAUUUAUUGCAACAACUUGUCAUGAAAACAACAGAGUAUCAACAACUCACAUCCAAGAUGAAUAUGCUAAACAAGCCUAAUUUACCUCCACAACUUCGUCAGCAACAUGAACAAACUGCUCUCUUGUUACGACAAUGCCAACAACAGAUACAGGCUUACCAGCGUGCACUUACACAAAACAUGCUGCAAAAAACAAAUCCACUUCAAGCGAAAUCGAACGUGGGUGCAAUCGGGCCGGGGUCUGGUCUUGGCCUGGAUUUUCUCCCGCCUUCAUCAAGUUCAAUGCCACCUGGUAAUAACACAGGAUUAUCGUCAUUCAGUAUGUCAAGUAUGAGCCAGAAUCUACCAGGAUCUGGUUUUCCUAACAGGGAACAGCAAUCUCGUUUACAUUCGUGGAGAAGGCCUUCGCUCGGAAUUGAUGGACCUUCUGACACAAACCCACCUGAUCAAUCACCAAGUUCAAUGAUGCCGAGCAUCAGCGAUAUGAUAGAAGUGCAAUCAGGGCUCUUGCCCCCAUCUGGUGGACCAGAACCUAUUGGCCAAUCAAGAAUAACUGGAGGUGGGUUACUUGGACUGCAACAAAUGCCAGAUGCAACUUCCAUGCAAAACACAGAAUCAAAUGGUCCUGAUCAAAACGGUUCUAACGGAAUGCUGAAUCAAACAGACAAAGGUUUGACAGCAGAAAAUAUAAUGGAAGACAACUCGGAUGUAAACAAUGAAAGUUUGAAAAACAUUCUUGCAGAUAUUGGUCCUCCAGAAUUCAUUCCUGGAAAGAAAUGGGCGGGAUUUCGACCGAUUGAUCCGGAAAACGAUCCAGAUAUCACACCUGGGAGCGUGGCAAUUGCUAAAACAAUGUCGGUUAACACUGUGAAAGAUGUUGAUCAGGUGCUGAACAGAGACCGGUACACAAACUCACAAGUAGGGAGUCCGUCUUCUGCAAAUGAAGCAAAAGUCGAUAGCCUAUCACUUGCCUCAUCUUUUGCCAACACAUUAUCAGACAAUCCUGGCAUGGCAGCUUCGUCUUCAACAUGGUCUACAUCUGGGGGUGGUACUUCUCUCGGUCAUACACCAACGACUCUCACUCACGAAUUGUGGAAAGUUCCUCUUCCGAAACAAUCAUCUAAUCCAGGCAAUCGACCACCUCAAGGGUGGUCAUCUGGGCCCGCAAGCUCAUGGUCAACACUGCCUAACACACAAAGUUCGUCGAGAUAUUCUGUACCUAAUGGUCCUCCUGAAGGUUCAUGGGCAGACAAUAAGACGUGGGUUGUGUUGACAAAUCUCAAUCCACAGAUGGAUUUUUCAAAUCUUCGGAACCUAUGCAGUAUGAAAGGAAACAUGCUCUCAUUUCAGCAAAAUUAUCCAGUAGCUGGCAUGGUCCUUGUGAGAUACUCAAGCAGUGAAGAUGCAAUUCAUGCCAAAAAAUCACUCAAUAUGUCAAUGACAGGGAACGUUAUGCUCGUUGCUAGUAUUGCAAGCGAUCAAGAGGUAAACAACUUUGUUUCUGCAUCUGUCGGUGGAAACUGGAAUUCUGGACCCACUGGUGGUCAGUCCCGCUUCACAUCGAGACAUUCAUUCGGAUCUUCAGGCACUCUUCUAAGCAAUCAACAACAACAACAACCUAAUUACGGUUCCAAUCCAAUGAUGCACAAUUCCGCUUCAACCGGCGAUUUGCAACAUUUAUGGUCGACUGGAGGUAAUAAUCCGGGCAUGGGAGGUUUUGCGUCUUCUCAACAGGGAACGUCUUGGUCUACUGGCGGCAAUACACCUGCGGGAAGGGCACCAUCUGGUGGUAUGUGGGGCAAUACGUCAUCAACAGGGUAUGAUGACCCAAGCCGUAUGAUGAGUCCGCUACACAGUUUACUGCCUGAAAAUUUGCUCGGAGAACAGCAAAUGUAGUAGGUCUCUUUAACUAGAGGAGAUUGAACAAAUUUCACUGAUUGUUUUACUAGUUUUGCUUGUCAAUGCCACUUUUAUGGCCACUUCAGUGCUUUUUACUUGAACCGUCGUUCAAACGAUUUUUGCAACAAUUUCUCCAUCAUAUAUUAUAGCCUACUUUAUUUCGCGUUAUUUCAUGUAUCCCUCGACGUUAAAGAGUUCUGUGCUUAACCAUUUCUGCGUACACAUGACUUUCUAUGCUUGAUUAUUUUCGUUCGUAUAAGAGAAGCUGUUUAACUAAUACACGCAUUCGUAAAUACGCAGAAUCAUCUCAUAAUAAUCGCUUUAUUGCCAACUUGUUGUUAUUUUUUCCGCUAACUGUUAACUGCAAAUUGUUGGAUGAUGAUUUCUUGGUGGAUAUUUUAUUGGUCUUUCGUCAGCAAUAUGACCAAUUCAUUUUUACGUAAUUUAAUGUCGCUAAGAUAUCUCUAGUAAGCUUCGGUUUUAGUCACUAUGCUGCAGUAUUAUUGUCAUAAAAUUCGAAUUUUGACUCAAAUUAAAAUAAGUGGAUCUAAUUAUGGGGCUAUGUUUACAACUGUUGGUCUUUCUUUUUUUUUUAAUCUGAACAGGUGAUGUGCAAAAGUUGAAUUUGAAAAAAAUUGGAAAUUAUUGCUACCUAUUAAUAGUUAUGUUCAAAAAUUAAAACACUCUUUUUUUUCUGUGAAAUUACUUCAUUUUUUGUUCUAUUUUGCUGCAAAAUCCAUUAAAAUACUCAAAAUUAUUUAGAAAACAAAAUUGUGGGAAUCUAAACUAUAUAGAUAUGAUAAUCACUAAUCAUUAUCUGGAAUCUAAAAGUGCUGAUAAGGUGUCUUUGUAAUCUGUAUGGUACAAUAUUUCAUUCAUUUACAUUUUCUGGUGCUUCGGGAAAUCCUAAUUAUCUGUGUAUUUUUAUAUGGUAAAGUAUGGUUCAUGGUUGGAGUAUGAAUUUUAUCUGAGAUAUCAACUAUCACAUCGAAAACAAUUUCUAGAUGUGUGAAAAUAAUUGAAAAUGGCACCAUUUCACACAUGGCUGAUCAUAGUUCAGACUUUAAAAAUGAAAAAUUUUCUAAACGAUUUGGUAUAAAAAAGUUGGAAUAAUUAUAUUUGAGAAGUUGAUAUAGAGACUAAAUUUUUUGAAAUUAAUACAAGUUCCAUAAGUCAUUGCUGAGUUUAUAAUACAAAAUGAUUAAGGUUGUGUAUGUGCUAAUCAACUAAUUCAUACCCAUUCCGUUAAAAAGAUGUCAAAGUGUGCAAUUCCAUUCUACACAUUUGAUUUGGCGUUAAUAAAUUCGCAUAUUAUUGCAUUUCUGUAGUCAAUUGGGAAAAUCUGCACUGUGAUAAUUUUGGUUUCGUGAUUGCUAUCGAGUUCCAUUAAAUUUGCGUUGUGUUGAUUCCAUUCAAACAGUUAGUGAUCAUAGCCCCAGUUGUGUAGUUGAAGUAAUCAAGCUAGGAAAAUAAGAAAAAAUUUUCAGCUUGGGCUUAUUACAUGUAAAUGCAAUUGCGAAGCUGUACAACCAAAACUUUUUUUGUCAUAGGCAUAUUACUUCAUACUUUUGGUGAUUCACAAUCUUUAAUAAAUUUCAAAAUUUUUUUAUUUUUUUGUUGGAGACAGAUUUUAUGUUGCCCAUUUCUUACAUUUUUUGUGAAAAAACUCAUCAUUACCAUACGAUUCUUUAAUAUAAAGCGAUUAAUAUAAAUGUUAGAGGUGACUCAAUCGAUAUGAUUUUAUUUCCAGUUGUUGUCGUACAUUUACUCAGUGCACAAUUCUACAUCUAUUCUACGGACUUUUUGUUUUUAUUUUAUCAAUUUUUUUUCACAUGUUCCCAUUUUUUCACGUAACUUACAAUUUUGCUCUUUUUUUUUGCUGUUGUUGUUUUCGCUCUCUAUUUUUUUUGUGUUAUGUUUUGUUCUCGUGAAGAUAUUUGAAAUUUUUUGCUGAAGUUUGUCCGAAGCAACACGAUGUAUGAAGAAAUAAUAAUCCUACUAUUUGCCAAUUUAUCCCUAUUUUGUUUUUGCUCAGAUGAAACUGUAUUAUUUCCUAUAUGUAAUUAUGCUUUAUUGUGACUGAGUAGUAAAGGAGUUCCUAGUUUUGAUGUGAUUGAUCGCUAUCGCUGAAUCAUACUUGAUGAAUUUCAAUUCCCAAGUAAUCACUUAUUAUACUUGAUAAUGCUAAGCCCAGACAACACUCUGAUUUUGUCAUGAUGCAUUUUAUUUUGAUCGAAAGGUCAUUCUUAUUUUGAUUCAUGACAGUUUUUCUUAAGGUUAUAAGUCUUUUUUUUUAUCCAUUUAGGGAUUUCACCUAGAUCCAGUAAUAUAACAUACACCUUAAAAUCUGAAUCGAUUGAUGCAAAAAUUUUGAUUUUUUCACUGUGUCUUGAGAUAAAAUGGAACAUUAAUUUUGUAACUGAUGAAAGCGUCACCCAUAUUAUUAUGUGCCAGAUAACUUCGGAUGUGCAAUUUUACUAGAUCGCAUUUUGCUUACCUCCGAUCGUUUUCAGCACAAUAAAUGCUAGUAGAUAGAUACGAAGAAUCUGUGCAUCUAUGCAAUGGCGGUAGAGAGUAGAAGAACUGGUCACUUCAGGAGAAUAAAAAUUGAUGAGAAAAAAGUGAUUCCUUUGCAUUGAUGAUUGCAAUUUCAUUGGUCAAUGUAGUUUAAACGAGAUGAACUUUACGAUUGAGUUUGUUCCCGCAUUAGAUUUUUGAUCGCAUAUACCUUGACUACCUUUCUACCGCCAAUGCAUCUUUGUAGUUAUCAUUUGCUUCAAUCUUUUAUUAAAUGUUUUUUCUUGCUAGUUGCUUUUAAGACUUGUGUGAUGAUUAUUUGGUGAUUUUUUUUGUCUUUAUGAUGAUAAUGUCUGUGUUAUAAUCAGACAUCGAUAAAUUGCGUGACAUGCAUAUCAAUGAGCGUGAAGGCUUAUUGCUUUUACUUUAUUAUUUUUCACCAAAUGCUUGUGUUCUCGUACAUUUUACUUAGUUGUUGAUGAACUGUUAUAUUAGUGCGCAUUACUUUUGGUACCAAAUACUAUUUCCUUUGGUCGGAAUUUGAUAUUGGUUUUUACAUUGGUUUUUCAACGAAUGAAUUCUGUCGAACAAAACAGAUUCCAGAAUCUAGUACCAUGAUGGAAAGUAUUGAUAGUGCAGAAACAAAAGACGGAACAAAAAUAAAAGUACUCUAGGACCUUUUGCCUGAAUUGUCUAGAGACUUAUAUUUUCGUUGUCUUAUUGCUUUGCUUACAAUCUUCAUGCGACUCAUUUUAACUUGAUUUUGUUGUUGCUGUAAUAUUAAUAACAGUCAAUUCUCAUCAAGUGUUUUUAACUUUCUUAUUGAAUGCCAUUGAUAUUGUCACUAUUCUAAUUUUGCGUUUACUUAGCUCUUGUGAUAUGACUAAGUUUACAAUUGUUAUUACUAGCACUCUCUCUAUUAGUCUUCUUAUUUCUAUUAUUAUUACCAUUCUUAUUAAAAUCUUACUGUCUGUGUUGCAUUCAACAAAUUA